UUUUAGUUGGCUUUGGCUUAGUUUGGCCUUGGCCUUGGCCUUCGAUUUUAUUUUCAUUUCAUAAUUUCAUGAGUGAGUCGUGAAAGUUGUAUGUUUACAAUAUUGUUUUUCAAGCAGAUAAGGAGAUAUAUUUAAGUUAAGAGUCUACAAGUUGUCACGGGCACGUUUUUGACACUAUGUCUUGGUUGAAGUAUCCCGAGAAACUUUUUGAGUGGAAUGAAAAAAUUCAAUACAAUACUAAAGAGGGGAUACAUUUACCCACCGAUAAAAAUUCUACUAGGAAAAAAGGAAAUACUACAGACACUACAAAUAAAAAUAAAAACUGUAGCAAAUCGAUUAUUCAUGGAGAAACUUCGAAACAACAGUCCAAUGCCACUGGAAAUAUACAAACCACUAAAGUUUUGGCAAAUGCAUCAAAAAGCGACGAUAAAAACAAUACUGGACCACAUCAAAAUACCAUUUUGAAAAAAAGAACAUCUGAUAAAACAGGAAACGAGGAUACAAACAACAGUGGAGAAAUUAAUAGUAGCGUUCUUACCGCAAAAGAUCCAACGAAUCAGUUGGAAUCAAAAGAAAAUACUUCAUCUAUGGGUAAACCUAAAAAUGCUAAGAAACAAAAAAAGCGUAAAAACAAGAGUAAAACAAUGAGUACUGUCGUUUCUUGCGUGAAGGAUCCGACAAAUCCGUUGGAAUCAAGAGAAAAUAGUUCUUCUGGUGGUAAACCAAAGGAUGUAAAUUUGCCUACGGAUAACAGUAUUAUAUUAGAAAAAGAACAAAGCAACAUUAAAGAAAACGCGGAGAAAAACAACGGUGAAACAAUAAUUAAUGGUACCUUUGGUUUUGUAAAAGGUUUAACGAAUGCGUUGGAAUCAAAUAAAAAUACUUCAUCUGAGAGUAAAUGUAAAGAGGUAAACUUGUGUACAGGAAAAACUAGUAAGAAAGAAAAAAAGGGUAAAAACAGCAGUCAAACAAUGAGUAUUAGCGAUUCUUGCCUAAAGGAUUCGACAAAUCCGUUGCAAUCAAAAGAAAACAUUUCAUCUGUUAGUAAACCAGAGGAGAUAAAUUUGCCUACGGAAAACAGCAUGGUAUUGAAAGAAGAAAAAACCGACAAAAUCAACAGCCAAACGAUUAAUCCCUUAAAAAUUCCCAAAAAACCAAUAGAAAAUCUUAAUUUGUCUUGGGUAAACAAUCCAAAAAAACUGCUAGAAACUGAAGAAGGUGCCUCUUGUAGUAACAUCACAAAGAAAUCGAAAGCCAAGACUGAGAAUACCUCUCUUCCAAAAAACACUUCACAUAACGCGGCAAAAAAUAAUCUUUUACAUUUGGAUAUCGUAGAACAAGUAAUUAAGAACAUAAAAUCCAACAAGGAAUUUAAAAGUGUGUUAGAAAUUGUUUCAAAUAUAAUGUCGAACAAAAAUUUUGGAAAUCGCAAAACCAAGUGUGAUUUGUUUGAGAUCUUUCUCGAACAUUAUCAAUAUGCUAAUCCAAAUUAUAUGAAGCAAGCUAAAGAAACUUUGACAUAUUGCGAGUCACAUGUACCAAUAGCUUCAUAUUUCAUGGAUGCAAAUGAUUUUGAAGAAGAGUGGGGCGCAGAUUUAAAUUACUUUGGUGGAAAAUCAAAGAUGUUAAAAGGAGUAAUUUCCAAAAAUAAUGUUAAACGAGAAGCAGUUAUUCUGUACGAAGAACAUAACAACUGCUGUAUGACUCGAUCGCAUGAUAAAUAUAUAGAAAAUGAAGCUGCUAUGUUAUGCCAACUUAAGCACCCGAACAUAAUAGAGUUACUGGGUUAUGACCCAAAAAGGAAAAUAAUUAUAUUAGAAUAUAUGAACCAUUUGGAUUUAGCACGAGGCCUACUUAACGAGAGAGUUGAUUUAAGUAUAAGAAACGUACAAAAAAUUUUGAUCGAUCUAUUAACAGGUUUGGAAUAUCUGCAUUCUCAAAAAAUUUUACAUAGAGAUUUAAAUUUGAAGCAUUUUCUUUUCAACGACAACAAUGAAUAUAAAAUAGGAGCAUUGGGCAAAGCUGUGUAUGUGGGAAAUUCCAGUGGAGUAUACCAGUCGUCGGUGCCGACAUUGACACGUCGUUUGUUUGAUGCUCCGGAAUGGCGUGGAACGAAAACAUACACGUACACAUACAAAACUGAUGUCUGGACUAUGGGAUGUUAUUUUAAAAUUAUAUUGAACAAACGGAGCGAGACGUUUAGGUUAUGUCGAGAUGAAAUCACGGACCGGUUGAAGCUAUUUGUAACCAACUUUAUGCUCGCCGCAAAUCCAGGAUCCAGGAAGGAUUCUACUGAACUAAAAUCGUUUCUUCAAAAUACAAAAAUUUAAACCAUUUUUUAUUAUAUCACACAUACUAAUAUUACUUUAAUAAAGCUUUUAUAGUAUUAA